AUGGGUAUGUUUGAAGCGACGACGAUGAUGUAUCAGACUAUGACCGUACAUAUCCCUGUUAGCCGCAGAAGGAGGAGUUGAAACUAAGCGAGAUGGCGUAACCAGCGUUUGAAUACAAGCAAGGAAGGAGCCCUUGACCAAAAUUGAAAAAUUGUAAAGAUGGACAACUUUAGAAGGGUUAUCAGGGGCAAAAUUUUCCCACUCGAGCUCAACAGUUUCACAGGCUAGUUAGUUAAGAUCAGAUAUGUUCCAAGUGCCAACGGACUAGGACGUUGAUUGCGGGACCACGAAAAGUCAAAGUUUUUUUGUAUUUUCAUUCAGUUCAGGAGUUUGGCCAGGAUCAACAGCUCUGACAAAACUACAGGGGUAUCAAGGGUCAAUAAAUUUUUUUUUUGAUCAUGUUAUACUAACUCCAUAAAAUCCAUAGUUAACGUUCCAAAGACCAGAAAGACCUACUGUAAAGGUAAGGAAUGUCGCAAACACACUCAACACAAGGUGACUCAAUACAAGGCCGGUAAAGCCUCAUUGUUUGCUCAAGGUAAGAGAAGAUACGACAGGAAACAAAAGGGUUACGGUGGUCAAACCAAGCCAGUUUUCCACAAGAAGGCCAAGACCACCAAGAAGGUUGUUUUGAGAUUGGAAUGUGUCGUUUGCAAGACCAAGGCUCAAUUGGCUUUGAAGAGAUGUAAGCAUUUCGAAUUGGGUGGUGACAAGAAACAAAAAGGUCAAGCUUUGCAAUUUUAA